UCUGUGGUAACUGCAGCUGUCUGCGUCUGCAGUUGUGAAGAUUAGAUUCAAAAUAAAUUUCGAGGUUAAUACAAACAAUUGAUAAUAUUACAAUGUUUAUCACGUACUGGUAGGUAGGGGUACUGUAGGUCUGAAUGAGCGUUUUUAUCAACAAAUUUCAAAUUUGAAGUUCAAGUACGAAUUUUGAACAUUGUUCAUUAGGGUUAAAAAUCAAUAAGUUAUUGAAUUUUAAGAGCAUCCAAAAAUUUUCUUUGAAAUGGCACUAAAUAAAUUGGGAAUCGAGUCAUUGAUUUUACAGGGGAAAAGAGUUUUAAUGCGAGUGGAUUUUAAUGUGCCCAUAAAAUCUGGAAAUAUUACAAACCCCCAAAGAAUUGUUGCCGCCUUGGACAGUAUCAAAUACGCUCUUGACAAUGGCGCUAAGUCUGUUGUGCUGAUGUCCCAUCUAGGACGUCCAGAUGGACAAAAAAACACCCAGUAUACUAUGAGGCCAGUUGCUGAAGAAUUGAAGAAGUUACUAGAUAAGGAUAUAAAAUUUCUCGAUGAUUGUGUGGGACAAGAAGUUGAAGAUGCAUGUGCUAAUCCUAAAACUGGAUCAGUAAUUCUAUUGGAGAAUUUACGCUUCCACAUUGAAGAAGAAGGCUCAGUAAAGAACGAUAAAGGAGUAAAGAUCAAGGCUGAUCCUUCCAAUGUCAGAAAAUUCCGGGAAUCUCUAGCUAAACUUGGUGAUGUUUAUGUGAAUGAUGCAUUUGGUACGGCACACAGAGCUCACAGCUCCAUGAUGGGUGAAGGGUAUCAACAGAGAGCUGCUGGCUUUCUAAUGAAAAAAGAACUUACUUACUUCUCAAAGGCUUUGGAUAACCCAGAGAGGCCUUUCCUUGCAAUAUUAGGGGGUGCAAAAGUUGCUGAUAAAAUUCUUUUGAUUGAGAACCUGCUUGAUAAAGUUAAUGAAAUGAUAAUAGGUGGAGGCAUGGCCUACACAUUUCUAAAAGAAUUGGAAGGAAUGAAUAUUGGAUCUUCUCUUUAUGAUGCUGAAGGUGCUAAAAUCGUCAAGAAUUUAAUUACUAAAGCACAGAAAAAGGAUAUUAAAAUUUAUUUGCCAGUUGACUUUGUAACAGCUGACAAGUUUGCUGAAGAUGCUACUGUAGGAUCAACAACUGCUAAAGAUGGUAUUCCAAAUGGGUGGAUGGGACUGGAUAUUGGACCAGAAACCUGCAAAUUAUUCAAAGAACCCAUUUCCAGAGCCAAAACAAUUGUGUGGAAUGGGCCUGCUGGAGUUUUCGAGUUUGAUAAUUUUGCAAAUGGAACUAAAACUCUGAUGGAUGCUGUGGUGGAGGCCACUAAAAAGGGAAGCACAACAAUUAUAGGAGGAGGGGAUACGGCUACAUGUACAGCAAAAUGGAAUACUGAGGAUAAAGUGAGCCAUGUUAGCACUGGUGGGGGAGCAAGCUUAGAGUUGCUUGAAGGUAAAAUACUUCCAGGAGUUGCUGCUUUAAGUGAUGCAUGUUAACAUUUUGUCAAGUCUACAAAUGAUUGAAUUAAAAACAUUCAAUAAUAUUGUCAGCCAGAUAUUUUUCUUAAAUGUCACUUACUUUUAAUACAAUUGGAAAAACUUUACGAGUUUAUCAUUUUUUUUACAUUUGAACUUGACCCCACGAAUAUAUAGUGACCCCACUUCUAUCUCACUUAAGCUCAUGAACAUUAAAAGGCAAGAAUGCCUCUUGAAAUUUAGAAGCUGUCUACUCUUGUUGGUUAGUUAUCUUGAACGCGUUAUUAUCUUAUUAUACGUAAUUGAGAAACAAGAGUUAUUGUAUACCACUUGCACAAGAGCAAUAGAGCAUUAUUAAUUUUUAUCUAAAUAAUGCCCACAUGAUUAAAUUGGGCCGGGAGCCACAAGUCUGUCAAAUUUCAACUGUGAUUAAAUGACAGCUGAAUGCCACGAGAGCCAAUCAGAUCCUUUCGGUCGCGCUUUCGUUAGUUAUAGAACGCACGGCCUCUUAUGGGGCAGACCAUAUAAGCAAAAUGAGACUCGUAUAGUCUGCGCUGCGCCUUGAAAGGCCGUCCUUUCUAUAACGACACAUUUGAUCCGUAUAGUAUGAGCAAUACCAAUACCUACUACUACUUCAGGCCCCACAACUAAUUAAUGACGAAAUAACAUGUAGAUUAAUUCUUCCUAGAUCGUAGUAGUUUCUACUAGCUUAUCAAUGUAACUUUUGUUACUGUAUCGAUUUUUAUUGGAUGGAAUACUAUCUAAAUUUUAAAUUAAAGACACUUGUAUUUUAAUAAAUAGAAAUUUUAUUGAAAUAAAAA